ACUAAUGGCUGUCAUAUGACUAUGACGCCGAUGGAGACGGUGGCAAGGAGCGAGACUUGCUGGUGGAUUUGAAGAAAAGAGAGCUUCUCCACAUGAAUUUUUAUUUUUAUUAUUUUUUUAUUUGGAUAGAAAAUGCCUCCGACGCUCUUUCAGAAACUUUUCAACAAGAGAAGUGCCUUUUCGCCGCCGCCGCAGAGAUGCAACAAAGAGGAGCCAGCCUUCAGCUGGCCCAUCCCCCAGCUUGAGCCCGGUCACAUCAGGCUGAUUGUCUACCAGGACUGCGAGAGGCGCGGCCGGAACGUCCUCUUCGACUCCAAUGCCAAAAAGAGAGGCGCCGAGGACGCCCAUCUCACUGGCACCGAGGCGCACGUGAAGAUGUUUGGCAAAUGCUGCCAGCUCCGGCCAACAGGGGGCAGCAGCAGCUCCUUGGACAGCUCUUCAUCCUGCGCCUCGGAAACCCGGGAAAGCAAAGAGCCGGGCCUCCGCUUCCAAGGUUCCAGGUGUUCGUCCGACGUGGUGAUGCUGGGAGAGAUGAUGUUUGGAUCUGUGGCCAUGAGCUACAAAGGCUCCACCCUGAAAAUCCACCAGAUCAGGUCACCCCCCCAGCUCAUGCUGAGUAAGGUGUUUACCGCCAGGACAGGAGGCAGCGUGUACGGCAGUCUCAACACGUUACAGGACAGUCUGGAGUUCAUUGGGCAGGACAGCAACACCCUCAGGCCCGAUCAGAACACCGGCACCAACAAUCUCCUCGGGAACAUAGGAUUUUCUCAGCUCUGCAGCCCUCGACGGGCCUUCUCAGAGCAAGGCCCUCUGCGUCUCAUCAAAAGCGCAUCUUUCUUUUCAGGCCACAGUCACCCAAUGGACAUGCCGGGGCGAAGCCCGUAUGACGAGAGGGACAGCGGAAUCGCCAGGUCAGCGUCCCUCAGCAGCCUCCUGAUCACCCCUUUCCCGUCACCCGGCUCCUCGCUGACCAGCAGCUGCGCAUCCAGCUACCAGCGCCGAUGGCUGAGGAGCCAGACCACCAGCCUGGAGAACGGCGUCUUCCCCCGAUGGUCGGUGGAGGAGAGCUUCAACAUGUCUGACGAGAGCGGGGGGCAGAGCCUGGGCGUGGCGCGCAAGAAAAAGAUCGCCAUCGGGGUCAUCUUCAUGCUCUCCCCCAACCCCGAGGAGAACAACCGCUUCCAGGACUUCUUCUUCUCCCACUUCCCGCUCUUUGAGAGCCACAUAAACAAACUGAAGAGCGCCAUCGAACAGGCCAUGAAGCUGAGCCGGAGAUCAGCUGACGCCAGCCAGAGGGCCUUGGCUUACAGCCGCAUGGUGGACGGCCUCAACGAGUUCAGGAUGACCAUCUGCGACCUCUACAGCAUGCCCCGGGUGGCCGAGCCCGUCUGGCUGACCAUGAUGUCGGGAGCGUCGGAGAAGAACCACCUGUGCAGUCUCUUCAUGCGGGAGUUCUCUCUGCUGAUGGAGCAGGCCUCCAAGAACCAGUUCCUCCCGGCAUUGCUGACCGCCAUCCUGACCAAUCACCUGGCCUGGGUGCCCACCGUCAUGCCCAAUGGCCAGCCCCCCAUCAAGAUCUUCCUGGAGAAGCACUCGUCACAGAGCGUGGACAUGCUGGCCAAGACGCACCCCUACAACCCCCUGUGGGCGCAGCUUGGCGACCUCUACGGCGCCAUCGGCUCGCCAGUGCGCCUGUCGAGGACGGUGGUGGUGGGCCGCAGACAGGAUCUGGUCCAGAGACUCCUCUACGUCCUCACCUACUUCAUCCGCUGCUCGGAGCUGCUGGAGACGCACAUGCUGGACAGCGCCGAGGACGAGGCCAUCGUCAUGCCCGGCUCCCUCAUCACCACCUCCCUGAGGAAAGGCGAGGUGGAGGAGUCGGACUACGUCCUUGUGACCGUUCACAAACCCAGUGGGGACUACCUGGCUCAGGGUGCGCGGCAAGAGGAGGAGAACCCAGGCAGCUACCCUUCGGACCACAGCUUGCAGAGCGCCGCCGACACGGACGGCGACACGGAGCGCCCCACCGAGGACGCCCCCAGAGAGGAGGACGAGGAGGGAGAUGACAGCGGUGAGAGCCAGGUGUCCAGGAGCUCGGUUCUCCAGAUGCGACGCUGCCCAGAUCCUGGUUCCAGGACCGCAGACAAACCCGAGGGACCUCACAGAGAAUCCAGCAGCCCGCUGACCACAGAGCCCAGACUGGAGACGGUCUUACGGGUCAGCUCCUGUUCCCCGAGAGAGCAAGUCUGCGGACCGGAUGCGGAGAACGAGGACUGCCUGAAACUCUGUGUCCCGUCCAGACAUCUCGUCUCCACGGAGAACCCCGCUGGAGAUGCUCGGAUCAAGAACCAGGCGGCCAAGGUGUUCCCUCUGGAGAAGAAGCCUCCAGAUAAGAACGGGACCACCAUGUCUGGACCCAUGUCCCUCAUCCUAACCGAGGAGGACGAGCCAGCAACAAAAGUCACCUUCCUCAUCGGGGACUCCAUGAGUCCAGAGUCGGACACGGAGAGCCGCAGGAGGAAGGUGGAGGAGCACAUGAAGAAGCACAGGAAGUUGCCGCUGCGUCAGCCGGGACAGCAAAGUCCACCCCGUUGUGGCACGGCAGAGGACCAAAGUAGCCAGACCAAGGCGGUUCCAGUCCUUCAGCGGGUGUCCAGCAAGAUGCCCCAGUGGAACACGAACUGUACGGACUUUAGUCACUUUGACGAGUACUUCAGCCCGGAGAACCCGGUGGAGACCAGAACAAUAGACCACGUGGCCCAGCCCGCACAUAUGCACAUAGACUUGCUGGACCCCUCGGGGGGGUGCCGCAUUCAGGGUGGGACUCGCGGAAUGGGCAGCGAGGCGGGGGCCAACCGGAAAGUAUGCGACGCCUCGGAUGCCCAAAGGAGGUGCAGGUGCGCCUCCACGGACUCGUGCGACUGUCGGGGCUGUCCCGCUGAGCGGGACCAGGGCCUCGUUCUGUCUGUCCCCGCCCACCUGCGGGAGGGGGACGGCAAAGAGGACCAAAAGCGCAAGGACGUGCCGCUCGGCGACUGGGAGAUACCACGCAACGAGAGCUCGGACAGCGCUCUGGGGGACAGCGAGAGCGAGGAGACGGAGGACUGGCAAGAGGAGGUCCUGGUGCCGUUCCCGGGUUCCAAGCUGGUGGAGAACUACUCCAAGCCGACCGUGGCCAACUUCGGUCGCUCUCUCUUCGGGGGCUACUGCCCCACCUACGUGCCGGACUUCGUACUCCACGGCAUGCCGAGCGACGACAAGCUCCGGCAGAGCCUCACGGCGGAACUCGGCCACGCCGUCCAGCAUCCCGUGUUGGACGAGCCCAUCGCCGAGGCCGUGUGCAUCGUGGCCGACACGGACAAGUGGACGGUGCAGGUGGCCAGCAGCCAGAGACGAUCCACGGAAGCCGGGAAGCUGGGGAAGGAGGUGCUGGUGUCCAGUCUGGUGUCCGGCUUACUGCAGUCCACUCAGCAGCUCUUCAAACUCAACAUGUCGCCCAACUUUUGCAUCAUGCACCUGGAGGACCGCCUGCAGGAGAUCUACUUCAAGAGCAGGAUGCUGGCCGAGUACUUGAAGGGCCAGAAGAGAGUCCACGUCAAAGAACUGGGCAUGAUCUUAGGGAUCGAAUCCAGCGACCUCCCCCUGCUGGCCGCCGUCGCCAGCACGCACUCUCCCUACGUGGCCCAGAUCCUACUGUGAACCCCCACCGCGUUUUCAAGGACCUCCCAUGCUGCUGCUAACCGGUGCAGUGCUCACGUUGCGCCACAGGAGGGUGCCAGUGAGCACAGUUUGAAUGUGUCGGGACACCAAGCCAAAGACUCCAUGGACUUAAUGAUGUAUUUUCUGGAUGAUUGGAGUGUGAGUGUGUAUUUUGUACAAUCUCAAACCCAGUCAGAGUGUUUUAAAGAGAAGCUCAUUUAGAAUUUGAACAUUUUUCUUACUCAACGUACAUGUUGGACAUUUUUUUUCCCAGAAAUUUGUAGUGGAACACGACCUGAAAUCAACUCACUCAAAAAGUUUUUUUUUUUUUUUUUUUUUUAAACAAAAGAGUAAGUUGUCUCAACGCAUGCUGUUUUCAAGGGAGGGCUACUGUUCAUUUAACAUUUACUUUUUUUUCUUGCCUGGGAAGAGUCCACUGUGGAGAGCAGAUAAAUCAUCUGCAUAUAUUUUGCUGCAGCGGUGCCAAAGUGACACUUUUAAUUCCUGUUCAUCAAGCUGAAGAUGCUCAAGAUGUUUGACAAGUACUUGGUGCCAAGAAUGUGUGCGCAGCCCAGCUGAUUGAUUCUUGCCUCCAUGGUGGAUGAUAUUAGAUGGUGCAGCAUGUCUCAUCUGGAGCUGCCUGAUCAGAAAGUGUUAUCAAUUCCUCUAGCGAGCUGCAGACCACAGCAGCCAAGUCUUAAUGGAAAACCUCGUCAAGGCAGCUGCUCGCACUCAAAUUGGAAUAUUAUUGUCUAUGUGCCCCAACACCCCCUUUCUACCGCAUCUUUUUCAUUUUCAAAAGCCUCCUUUUUGUCCCGGCGAGCUCAUCCCUCCUUUUGUAGACGGAUACGUCAUUCAGUCGCCCUCAGUCUGUGUAUUUGACUUGUAUCCACUACGCUUUAUUUUCCAUGUAUUUAUACACAAGCUCUUUUCAAGAACAUGUCUCCUGGGAAUGAUGUUUUUCCCAAUUUUAUGGGAAUGUUGUGCAAUAAAGAUCAGACAUUUGCACACGUUGUCUCCUCAAACACUGAAGCACAAUUUAAAAAAAAAAAAAAAAAAAAACUAAAA